AUGCAGACGUCUACAUUGAAGCCGGUUUUUCGAUUAUCUUCAUUCAGUAAGGAUAUUUUACGAUCAAUAGCAGCAACAAGCAACGGUAGUGACGUUAAAACAGAUGCUAAUCUGAAAUCAUGGAAAGAAAUUCCAGGUCCAUCAACAUUGCCAUUUAUUGGUAUGCUGCAUCACUUUCUUCCUGGAGGCGAACUCCAAAACUUCGAAGUACCCGGUGCAAUACAAAGGCUAUUUGACAAAUAUGGUCCCUUGAUUAAAUUUAAAGGUAUGCUUGGUACUAAAGACAUGAUUAUAUUAGGCGACCCAGAAACUGCAGCUCAUGUAUUAAGGAGCGAAAAUUGGUUACCGAUACGGCCUGGUUUCUUUUCACUUGAACAUUAUAGAAAAGAAUACAAGAAUGGCAAAGGACAAAAUAGUCGUGCUACAGGCCUUAUCACUGAUCACGGAGAGGUAUGGAAGGAUUUCAGAUCCACGGUUAAUCCAGUUAUGUUACAACCGACAAAUAUUAAACUGUAUUCUAGCGUUCUCGACGAAGUGGCGCAAGAUAUGAUCAAAAGAAUGAAGGCGAAUCGGGACGAGAAGAACAUGAUUCGAAACAAUUUCGAUGUCGAGAUGAACUUAUGGGCCUUAGAAUCGAUAGCAACAGUAGCUCUCGGCUGUCGCUUAAACUGCCUUGAUCGCUCAUUAGCUGAAGACUCCCCGGAAAGGCAGCUUAUUCAAUGUAUUCAUGACCUUUUCGUUAUGGCAGAUAAAUUAGAUUUUAGACCAGGUUUAUGGCGAUACAUUUCAACACCCAAUUAUAGAAAAGCUAUGAAACUGUUUGAACAUCAAGAAAACCUUACAAAACAUUUUGUCAAAAAAGGCGUAGAACAACUGAAAUUGAAUGCUAAUCAGAAGUCAAAUAAUGAAAAGGGAGUAUUGGAGAAAUUACUCGAAAUCAACGAAGAGUACGCUUACAUUAUGGCCAGUGACAUGUUGUUUGCAGGAGUAGAUACGGCCGCUAAUACAAUGUCAGCUACACUCUAUCUUUUGGCAACACAUCAAGACAAGCAGGACAAAUUGAGAGAAGAAAUUCUUUCCAAAUCAAUUAAAAGGCCAUAUCUGAAAGCAUGUAUUAAAGAAGGGAUGAGAAUGAUGCCAGUCGUCGGCGGUAACAUUCGAACAGCUACAAAAGACUACAACUUGAUGGGCUACAAGAUACCCAAAGGCAUGAACAUUGUAUUCUCUCACCGCGAAAUGUCAUUAAUGGAAAAACAUUAUCCGCGGGUGCAGGAGUACAUUCCCGAGCGGUGGACUGCAGAGAAAGAUGACCCACUUUACUAUGGGAACACUAAUCCAUUAACAUUUGCCCCAUUUGGCUUUGGUGUUCGCAGCUGUAUAGGUCGCCGCAUAGCUGAGUUAGAAAUUGAAACGUUUUUAACACGCGUCAUAGAGAACUUCAAAGUGGAAUGGUUCGGUCCUCCUCCGAAGUUGGUUCAGACCUCGCUUAUUUAUGUAAAGGGACCGUUCAACUUUAUAUUUAAGGAUGCAAAGUAA